AUGCGACGAAACGCCAUAGCGCCUUUCUUCAGCAAGCGCUCGGUCCAAGCCCUCGAAGAGCUCGUCGUAAACAACACCAAAAAGCUUAUGGAUCGUUUCGCCGGCGAACUUGAGAAGGAAGGCCCCAAAGCCGGUGUCGUGAACCUCAACGACGCAUACGCCGCCUUCACCAUGGACACCAUUUCCGAGUACUGUUUCGGCGAGUCGAUCAAAACCCUAGACCACGACGAUUACGCCAAGAUCUGGCUCAAGGUUAUGCACGACGGAAUUCAGAUCGAGCCAUUUGCGCGCCAAUUCCCUACUAUCAUGAACUUCAUGCUCGAUCUUCCGCCAAACAUUGUCGAGAAACUAAGCCCCGGGGUUGCCACAGUGAACACCUUCAGUCUCAGGACGCUGGGCAGGAUCGAACGUAUUAUGAACUUUGAGGAUGGCGAUGGCGAUACGAAGAACCUGAGGCGCACGAUAUUUCAUGAUAUUAGAGAUGAUGUUGGUUGUAAACUUCCGGAGAAAGAGAAACAUCCCAAGCGGUUAACGGCGGAUGCUAGUGUUAUCCUUGGUGCGGGGACGGAGACGACGGCAAGGACACUGGCGGUCACUACUUACUACUUGAUCAAGAACUCGGAAGUUGGAGAGAAGUUGAGACAAGAGCUGAAGACCGUGAUGCCCACGGCAGAUCACGAAGUCUCACUACCUCAAUUAGAGGCCCUGCCAUACCUGACCGCAGUAAUAAACGAAGGCCUCCGCACCGCCCACGGCGUCUCCUCCCGCCAACCCCGCAUCCCCACGGGCGAAUCCCUCACAUACGGCCCCUACACCCUCCCCCGCGGCACCCCCAUCAUGCAAUCCUCCUACCUCCUCCACACCGACCCUGCCAUCUACCCCGACCCCUUCGCCUUCCACCCAGAGCGGUGGCUCGAGAACCCCAAACUCACCCGCUACCUCUUUGCUUUCGGGCGCGGCAGUCGCAAUUGCCUAGGCAUGAAUCUUGCUACGUCGGAAUUGUAUAUGGGGCUUGCGAUGAUUUGGCGGAGGUACAGGAUGGAGGUGUGGGAUACGGUUGAGGGGAGGGAUGUGUUGACGAGUAAUGAUUGUUUUUUGGGGAUGCCGGAUUUGGGGAGUGAGGGGAUUAAGGUUAGGAUUUUGGGGGAGGUGGUGGGGUGA